CCUGCAUCAGGUCGAGGUCCAACCGGAGAACAUAAGAAUAGUGCUGCGGGAACGGGUAAAAAAAGUGCCAAUGAUAUUAAAGCUAAAAAGAAGCCGAAGGCCGCAGGAGCUGCUGGGGAUGAAGAUGAUGCGGAAGCAAGGGAGGGGGACGACCGACUCAUCGGACGAGCCGUGUUUUGCCGCUUCUUACUUGCCUCUAGAUUGUGUCUCGACUACGAAGACUGGCCAAAUUUCCCGAGUAAGCGCUUCCUGAAGGUGCUUCCGCAACGGGCGCCGAGCCCCUGGCGCAGACGGCGAAACUCGCCUCACAGACCAACUAGUGCAACACGCAAAAACCCUCAUGGAGGCAUGCAGGGAGCGGCUGUCGCUCUCGACUUCGGCACUCCUAGUAACAAGGGGUCGCCGUCCAAGAAGGACACUGCUGCGGACAAGGACAACUACGUUAUGGUGAUGUGUACAACUACUUACUUACUUACUUACUUACUUACUUUUACUUACUUACUUACUUACUUACUUACUUACUUACUUACUUACUUACUUACUUACUUACUUACUUACUUACUUACUUACUUACUUACUCACUUACUCACUUACUUACUUACUUACUUACUUACUUACUUACUUACUUACUUACUUACUUACUUACUUACUUACUUACUUACUUACUUACUUACUUACUUACUUACUUACUUACUUACUUACUUACUUACUUACUUACUUACUUACUUACUUACACUGACUUGUUGCACUUGACCAGGCACCAACGCCACGACGAUGAGCACUGAUUAUAUUCUUCUCGUCCGCUUCAUCAGGGUCCUCAAAGCGUUUCCUUUCUAACAAAGACACAGCAGGAGCAGCCGCCGAAGAGCCAUCUGAAGAAGAGCUACUCCAGAGGGAGCGGGAGAAGAGAGAACGCGAGCAACUACGGAACGAGCGCAACCUUGCGCAACUUUUGCCAGCUGACAAAAUAUUCUUCGAUCGAAUAGGCGCUGACAGGUUUUUCGAGACAACGAUUCCGGAAGUGCCUUGCCGAUUAGGCUUGUCCUAUCUUGAUAUGGCCAAUUCAUUUUAUCGACGAACACUCAGAUCAUUCUUGUAGGUGAAGGCUGGUUCUCCUGGUUUCAAAGUGAAUGAGUUGUAACCCUUUGUAGUAGGCUGGCUGAAUAUCCUAGUCCGAGGAAAACUUUAUUAUAUCAUGAAAUUGGAUUUAUAGACGAGAGUAAAUGUAUCUGUAAGAUAAAGUACUUUUUUUUCAUUUUGCAACUGGUGUUGCGAUUCGAUGCGCACAGUGCGAAACUGGGUCAUUCACCGACACCUCCUUGGGGAACUGUCAUGACCGUACGUCAGUGCGCAGAUUGGUUAGAGAGAGUGCUUCUCACUUGGGUUGUCGUCAACAAAAAGCGCACCACCACGAUGCAGGCAGCAGAAAAGAAAGCCAACGAACAAGCAGCAGGCGGAACGUCAAAAUUGGGUAUUUACUAGAUGUGCCUCUAGUUGUACAUUUAGUUCUUAUAUCAUGAUAAGCUUUGGUUUUACUUCGCCGUAUAGAUUUUCUACUUUCUUGUGAUUUAGAUUGAUUCACCAGAAGGUUUUCAUUGUACGGGUGAAAAGUUUGCUUUUGGUGGACUCACUUUCGAAGUUGAACAAGCCGCGAUCAUAUUUUCAACAACUUUCUUUUCAGGUUUGCAGCAGGGUGGCUUAUCGAGUACGGAGCUCGCAGACUCAAAAAGUGGGCACCUGAACGGUGGUGCGAAACUAGUAGUAAAUGGAGGUGAAAAAGGUGCGACGCAGGUUGGCGUAGACAUGAUCAAGCGCGUCGAGCGAUACAAAUCUGAACUUCGCCAGUUCUUUGAGAUCAUGCUGCCCGCUGCCAGUUUAGUUAAGGCUCCUACCACUGAUUCAUCCUCUCCCUCAGCACCAUCCUUGGCCUCAUCUUUUUCAAGGGGAAAAAAUGGACUCCAAGGGUAUGUCUCUCAAGGAGCACGCGAGACGCGGGAGUUCUAAUUCACUAGCCGACCAACGUCGCGAGCGCCUGGAGGUGAUAAAGCGACGCGUGCAAUUGUUGAGGGACAAGCAGGAACCCGUGAUGUGGGAUUUGAAGACGGAUAUUGAGGGCAGAGAGCAACCGCCAGACGUGAUCUCGAACCUAGCAGCGCAGAGCUCCUUUUUUGAUAUCCCUCCAGAAAUGCGUGGAGAGAUGAGCCGUGGGGAAUUUCAACGACAGAUGUUGAAAUUGUGCCAGACUGCGCGUUGGGACCUCGACACAUCAAGAGACGCUAAAGACCUGACGAAGCGAAUGAUGCAGCGAACAUUCGCAGUCGUGAACGGUGAAGCCGCUGCAUGCAUGCUGAUCGAGCCUGAAGCGCUGAUUAUCUCGCAGUACUUGACCCAGCACGCC